AUGACAGACACCAAACCACCCCUCGACACCAAUGAACGUCCCCUUCCGCGACCACCCCCACUAAACCUCCCCAUCCUGGACGACCUACGACGCAAACGAGUAAUCCUUGCAUCUGCCUCACCUCGCCGACGCCAAAUCCUCUCCCUACUAGGUCUCCCAGACAUCGAGGUAAUCCCGUCCAACGCACCGGAAGACUUCCCGAAGUCCCUUCCACCAUUCGAGUACGUCUUGUCGACCGCGACACGAAAGGCACAAACCGUAUACGAAGCGGAGAUCCAAAACGAAGAGAAAGGCGAGCCGGCACUGAUCUUCGCGGCCGACACGGUCGUCGUGGAUACCGUGUCUGGGAGUAUUCUGGAGAAGCCCCGAUCUGAGGCGCAGCACAUAGCGAUGUUGAAGGCGCUGCGAGACGCCGGGGAACAUAAAGUGUACACUGCGAUGGUGGCGAUGGCGCCAAUGGCGAGUGCGCGUCAGCCUGGGUAUGUGUUGGAGUCGGCGGUGGAGGAGUCGACGGUGCGGUUUGGGGCGGAUGUCUCGGAUGAGUUGCUCAUGGCGUAUGUGCGCACCAGGGAGGGAGUGGAUAAAGCCGGGGGGUAUGGAUUGCAGGGGAUCGGGUCGGUGUUGGUAGAGAGUGUGCAGGGGAGUUUUGAUAACGUGGUGGGAUUGCCGUUACGGUCGGCGUUGAAGUUGAUAGAGAGGGUCGUGACGAGGGCUGAUGAUGAUGAUCGGUUGUUGAAUCAUGAGGAUGGGUCGGAGGACGAGGAAUAA